AGAGUUCAAGGCCGUUCCCCUGCAGACGGGCGAGGAGGCUGAGUACAUGCUGGCUCUGAAGCAGGAGCUGCGAGGAGCGAUGAGGAGCCUGCCCUAUUACGUCAAACCGGCUGCCCCAAAGAAAGAUAUCGAGCGUUACUCUGACAAAUACCAGUCUUCCGGUCCAACAGACAACACCAUUGAGUGGAACCCUGACUGGCGCAGGUUACCACGGGAACUGAAGAUCCGGAUACGGAAGCCGGUGAAAGACAAGAUCGCAGUCGCCGGGCGGAAGCUGAAACCUCGGACCAGUGUGGAGAAAGAGGAAAUCAUCAAAAAACUGGAGACUUUGGAGAAGAAAGAGGAAGCCCACAGCUCCGAGGAGGAAGGGGAGCAGGAGAAGGAGGAAGACGAGAAGGAAAACGAGGAAGAGUACGACGAGGAGGAAUUCGAGGAGGAGACGGACUACGUCAUGUCCUACUUCGACAACGGCGAGGAGUUCGGGGGCGACAGUGACGACAACAUGGACGAGGCCAUCUACUGAGCGGCCGUCCGCUGCCGGAGGGGGAGGUGACGCUUCCGGCUUCUCCGUCAACUUUCCCCUUCCUUCCGCACGGGAUAUUUCUCUCCGCAGCAAUCCAGGAAGAUCCAUGGUAACGUCCAGGCUCCCGAUUCCACUCUCACACCCCCACCUCCUGAAAUUACCUCUCGUCUGUGGGUGAGUUGUAGAACCUGUGGGGGGGAGGGGGUUGACGGGAGCGCGGGGAAAUACGGAGUCACACAGCACACUGUCCGUGCUGGCCAUCCAUACACUGGUCCUACAUAUGGUUUUAUCCUUCCCAAUAAAUGGGGGAAUUGAUUAGACGGAAAACUGGGGGCUUACUCUGUGAGCCAGCAUGGACGAGAUGGGCCAAACGGCCACCCCUUUGGUAAAGAAACGUGGAAUGGUAACCAUCCUACGAAGGUUGGCCCGGUGGCGCGGCGGGUAGAGCUGCUGCCUCUGGGCUCCGGAGACCUGGUUUCGAUCCCGACCUCUGGUGCUGCGUGUGUGUGUGUGUCUUUGAGUCUAUGAGUGUGUCUGUGUGAGUGUCUGUGAGUGUGUGUGUGGAGCCUGCACGUUCUCCCUGUGACUGCGUGGGUUUCCCCCAGGGGCUUCGGUUCCCUCCCACAUCCCAAUGCCGUGCGGGGUCAGUGGGUUAAUCGGCCGCUGUGAAUCACCCCCCCCCCCCCCAGUGUGCGUGCAAGGGGUAGAAUCUAGAGGGGAGCUGAUGGUAAAAUGUGGGGAGAAUAAAAUGGGGAUCGGUGUAAAUGGGUGGUUGAUGGGCCGGCAUGGACUGGGUGGGCCGAAGGGCCUGUUUCCGUGCUGUGUGACUCUGCGUCUGUGUGCGUGGCGAGGGAGCGGUCUCGGGGGAGUGUCCUAGAGCAGGGAGGAAGCGUCGGAACAGCGAAUCCCCGCGGGUGACGUCCAGCGAGGUCCUGCUCUACCCGCUGAGGUCCCGCUGACCCAUUCCGUGGGGAGAUCAGCUUUUCACUCACCAGCAUCUUACCCCUCCCCACUCUCCCCAGCCCCCACCCCUUGUGUUCCAGGGGUCAGUGGUGUUUCUGGGAUUUUAAGGUUGCUGCCAAUUGUUUUGUGGUCAGUGUGCAGCGGCGAGCUGAGAUAGUCGGGGGUGUUUAGCACAGAACCGGCCUCUCCAUCUUGCCCGCAUGUAAUGGCCCUCAGGGUUGAAUCAUCCAGUAGAUACUGCCCACCACACAGUGCCCCCAACCCACAGCUUCUAGUGUGCCCCAAACGCACACACCCACCCCCGGGGGUCGGGAUCGAACCCGGGUCUCUGAGGCUGUGAGGCGGCAGCUCUGCCUGGUGCGCCACUGGGUCGCUCUGUUUAACAGCAACUGAUCUUAGUUACAGCCUCGGUGUGGUUCAGUGAUUGGGUGAAUCUCUGUUUUAUUCCUUGUCCUCACUCCGAUCAAUCUGCCUUAAUCCAUACCUAUCGUACAGAAAAUGUCCCAGCCCCUGUCAACUGGAUAUCCCUCUCCCCCCCUCCACAGCCUGCUCCUGAAGUAUACACAUCCCUCCUUCCCUCUGCACUGGUAGAGCUGCUGCCUCAGGGCUCCAGAGACCCGGGUUCGAUCCCGACCUCCAGCGCUGUGUGUGCGUGUGGAGUUUGCACGUUCUCCCCGUGACCACGUGGGUUCCCUCCCAGGUCCCAACGACAUGCGGGGGUCGGUGGGUUAAUGGACCGCUGUGAAUCGUCUCCCCCCUUGGUGUGUGUGUGGGUGAGGGGUAGGGUUGGGGGGAGUUGGUGGGGAAUGUGAGGGAGAAUGAAGAAAGUGCUGAGUAGAACGGGGAUCGAUACUCAGUGUGGACAGUAGCAGCUGAAGGAACGUAGCUCAAGAACAACCUUCUCGGGGGACACCUGGGGAUCAGCAAUAAAUGCUGGCCUGACCUCCCGUCACAAGAAAAGAGGGGCGGACGUGUUGGGAUCCGGGGACUCGGAGGGAGGGACCUGCUCUGCUGUCUAAUGUUGUAGAGUUUUCAACAUUUGUGAACUUUGUAAUUGCUGUUAAUAAAGUGAAUUUUUCUACAA